AUGUGUUCGACCAAAUGCCGGCACCUGCUCAGGCAGCUCCGCGGCCGCCAUUUCUCCACCGCCCCGGCAUCCAACCACCGGAAGAGCACCCCGCAAAUCACCAUCCGGUGGCCGGAGCAAUCCAGGCCCUCCCCUGACCCAGGAGACACGGCGCGGGCCCAUGAGGCCACCGUCCGGAGGCUCGCGGCGGCGGGCGACCUGGACGGCGUCCAGUACGCGCUGCAGGAGAUGCGGCUGCGCGGGGUGGCGUGCCCCGAGGGCGCCCUCGCCGCCGCCAUCUACGCCUUCGCCCGCGCCGGCGCGCCCGACCGCGCGCUCGAGACCUUCUACCGCGCGCACGACCUGGGGUGCGCCGCGCCCACCGUGCGGGUGUACAACCACCUGCUCGACGCGCUGCUCCGGGAGAACCUGGUCGGGGCGGUGGUUCCGGUGUACGACAGCAUGAGGAAGGCCGGCGUCGAGCCCAACGUGUACACCUACAACCUGCUCCUCAAGGCGCUGUGCCAGAACGACCGGGUCGACGCCGCGCGCAAGAUGCUCGGCGAAAUGGCCAGGAAGGGGUGCCGCCCGGACGAGGUGAGCCACACGACGAUUGUUUCCGCGCUGUGCAAGCUGGGCAGGUUGGACGAGGCCCGGGGGGUCCUGGCGGAGACGGCGCCUGUGUGCACCUCGUACGAUGCGGUUGUUCAUGCGCUCUGUGGAGAGUCCAGGAUGCGGGAGGCGUUCUUGGUUGUCGACGAGAUGGUGCAACGGGGGUUGCAGCCAGGCCCCGUCACCUACACAAGCGUAGUCCACGCGUUCUGCAAGGCCCGGGAGCUGGGAAUGGCUUGCGCUAUUUUGGCCAGGAUGGUAACCAAAGGUUGUUCUCCGAAUGUUCAUACGUUCACUGUGUUGGUCAAGGGGUUCUUUGAUGAUGGAAAGGCGCGUGACGCUCUUGGCAUGUGGAAUUGGAUGCUGGCUGAAGGAUGGGCACCGUCUAUAAUCUCGUACAAUGUUCUCAUCCGUGGCCUUUGCCAUACCGGUGAUCUGAAGAGGGCGUUAUCUGUUUUCAGUGGCAUGGCUAAAAACGGAUGUUUUCCUGAUGUGAGGACCUACUCUGUUCUCAUUGACGGAUUUUCCAAAGCUGGAGACCUGGAUGGUGCCAUGUCAAUAUGGAAUGACAUGACACGGGCUGGCUGCAAGCCGAACGUUGUUGUCUAUACAAAUAUGGUGGAUGUGCUUUGCAAGAAGUUGAUGUUUGAUCAGGCAGAAAAUCUCAUUGACAAGAUGUCAUCAGAAAAUUGUCCUCCUAACACAUUGACAUUCAACACGUUGAUCAGAAGCCUGUGUGACUGCGGAAGAGUGGGGGCAGCUUUGAGUGUGCUCCGUGGGAUGGCAAGAUAUGGAUGCUCUCCUAAUGUCAGGACAUACAAUGAGUUGCUUCAUGGUUUUUUCAGGGUAGGAAACUGCGAAGACGCCUUUCAAAUUUUGAUCGAGAUGCUAAACAAUGGGAUUGAGUUGAGUUUGAUAUCUUACAACACUGCGAUUAGUGGUCUGUGCCAGAUGGGAAGGAGCAAAGAAGCUAUGAUUCUUUUGGGGAGGAUGAUGCUACAACAAAUUCAACCCGAUUCAUUCACUUUCAACGCGAUAAUUCAUGCUUAUUGCAAGGAAGGGAAUGUCAGAACUGCUGCUUGGAUGCUAGGUCAGAUGGAUGUAGUUAACUGUCCACGCAACAUAGUUGCUUACACAAGUCUGAUAUCGGGGCUUUGCAAUCAGCAUAGGAUGGAUGAUGCCAUGGUUUAUCUCUUGAAGAUGUUAAAUGAAGGUAUCUGUCCAAAUGAAGCGACAUGGAAUGUGUUGGUCCGUGGAUUGUCCACACUCGUGGGCGCCAUCGGACCAAUGCACUUGAUUGAUCAUAUCGUUGAAGAUUUACAACCAUAGCCCUAGAGAACUUCUACAAACCUGGGCAGCAUCAAACAAAUUUAGUUGAUUGAGCAUAUUUUGAUGAUGUAUAACCAUCAACUUGGUGCUACCAUUUGAACUUGUUAGUGAAGGACAAAGAUGACACACAACAUUCUCUCUGGUAGUUAGCU